CAGCAUCUGCAGCUUUUGUGCUGUUCCCUCACACACUGACCGUGCCCCGCUCUCAACCUGAACUGUCCGUUACCCUGCUCCCGCCCCAUUGCUGACGUCAUCCCCAGCCGUCUGUCACCCCGAUUCAGCUCCUCUGUUAUUAUCUACUCCCAGCCCAUUACAAAAGUGUUAAUGACUCCUGUCCUCCUCCCCCCCCCACCCCCGUUACAGACCUGGGGUUGACGGCUCCCCCCCGUUACAGACCUGGGGUUGACGGCUCCCCCCGUUACAGACCUGGGGUUAACGGCUCCUCCUGUUACGGACCUGGGGUUACCGACUCCCCCUUCUCCCCCCAUUACAGACCAGGGGUUACUGACUCCCCUCCCACCACCCCCCCUCCACCACCAAAUCACAGACCUGAGUUAACAACUCCCCCCGUUACAGGGUCCUGAGGCUGACGAUCCUCACGUGCCCCUCAGGAUGAUGCGGUGCCUCUCCCUGCCCUCGUGCUGUGGCCUCUCCCUGGACCGACAGUGCACCUUUGGCCUGCUCCUGGCCUCGCAGCUCCUGUUCCUGCUGUACUACUCGUUGGGCGGGAUCCGCAGCAUGGCCUCCCUGCUGUGGCGGGGGCCCCAGCCCGCCUGGGACUACUCCAGGACGCAGGACGUCUACACCAACAUCAGCCUGAUCCAGCGCUCCCUCCCAGGGACACACCACCGCUUCUACUGCCCCCAGAAAUCCCCCCAUCUGGUUGGCCCUCUGGCCAUUUCCUUCAACCGGACGCCCUCGCUGGACGAGAUCCGGGAUCGGAAUCCUCUGGUGACACCGGGAGGGUUCUACGUGCCACCGAAUUGCCAGGCGCGUCACCGGACGGCGGUGAUCGUACCACACCGGCACCGGGAGCCCCACCUCCGGCACUUCCUCUACUACCUGCACCCCUUCCUCCAGCGGCAGCAGCUGCAGUACGGGCUGUACGUCAUCCACCAGGCCGGCAACGAGACCUUCAACCGAGCCAAGCUGCUGAACGUGGGGGUGAAGGAGGCGAUGAAGGACGAGGACUGGGACUGCCUCUUCCUCCACGAUGUGGACCUCAUCCCGGAGAACGACCACAACAUCUACACCUGCGACCCCGACCACCCGAGGCACGUCUCCAUCGCCAUGAACAAGUUCGGCUACCAACUGCCGUACAAGACAUAUUUUGGAGGCGUGUCUGCUGUGACACCUGAGCAGUACCUUCGAAUGAAUGGAUUCCCGAACGAGUACUGGGGCUGGGGGGGUGAAGAUGAUGAUAUCGCUACCAGGAACACCAGCAAUUCAAGGCUGCAGCUGGCCGGUAUGACCAUCUCCCGCCCGUCCCUCUCUCUGGGGCGCUACAAGAUGAUCAAACACAACUCGGACCAGGGAAACGAGCAGAACCCACGGAGGUUUGACCUGCUGCUCCGCACACGCCGCUCCUGGACCCAGGAUGGGAUGAACUCCUUGGUCUACACCACCCUGGCUCGCCAGCACCUCCCGCUCUUCACCAACGUAACUGUGGACAUCGGCCCAGCUCCCCGGCGGCAGCGAGGGACCACCACACCCCCCUCCCACAGAGGGGGGUCUCUAUCGCAGAGGGCGAGGGGAGCAUGACAGCCCCUCCCACCAUCAAUGCUCUGACUGUCUAUUUAUGCUUGAGAGAGGUGGCGGUUUGUGGGUGGAGGUCAAGGUCAGAGGACACACACUCUGCACCCCCCCCCCCCCACUAUUUGACCUCACCCCACCCCGUGGACGAUGGAUCAGGGGUGUGGCUGGCUGGGCCAUGCUCAGUGGUGGUGGGGAGGGGCUGUGGGUCAGUCAGCUCUUCACCACCCCCACCACCUCACCAUCACUCCCCCACCCCAACCGUUCCCCGCCGGAGCCGGGAUCAGGGGUGGGGAACUGUGGUGUCAAUGUCAGAAGUGCCGUCUGCGUGCUCUGUACAGUGGGGGAGCAGGACAUCAGCCCUUGGGUGUGUGUGCGUGCGUGUGUACGUCUGAUUGUGUGUGUGUGUGUGUGUGUGUGUCUGUCUGUCUGAUUGUGCCCUCACUGUGGGUGUGUGUCUGUUUCUGUACCUUUUGUGUGUCUGUGAGUGUGUGGGUGUGUGUGUGUGUCUGUCUGUCUGAUUGUGCCCUCACUGUGGGUGUGUGUCUGUUUCUGUACCUCUUGUGUGUCUGUGAGUGUGUGGGUGUGUGUGUGUACGUCUGCCUGUGUGUGUCAGAUUGUGUCCCUUACUGUGGGAGUGUGUCUGUUUCUGUACCUGUGUGUGUGUGUGUGUGCACACGCGCGUCUGUGUCUACGUCUAGAUGUGUGCAUCUGUCAGUGUGUGUGCCUGUGUCAAUUUCUGUAUGUGUGUGCGUGGGUGUGUCUGUCUCUGCAUAUCUGCAUGCACCUGUGUAGCUGUGUGCACCUGUGUGUCUGCGUGUGCGCAUGUGUGCACCCCUCUGCAUGUGUGUGUGAGUCUGUCUUUGCCUGUGCGCGUGACUGUGUGUGUGUGUGUGUGUGUGUGUGUGUGUGUGUGUUUGACUAUGUGUAUGGCUGUAUAUCUGUGUGUGUGCAACUGUGUAUGUAUGUAUGCCUCCGUGUAUCCGUCUGUAUGCAUGUGUGUGGUGGGUAUGUCUGUGUGGUUCUGUGUGUGUGUGUGUGUCCAACCUCUUGCCCUGUACAUCUGUGUGGAAUGUGUGUCUCUCACCUUUGAUAAUGUGCUUUAAAUCUCUGCUUAAAUUUUCUAGUGGAAAUCUAUAAAUGGAGAUAAAUAGUUUAAUUUUUGUACAA